AUGAAGUCUCCUGAACUCGAGUCUUCGGCCACAUUCGGUGCUGGCGGCGCAGGUCUUGGUGUGGCAGGCAUCAACUUUGCUUCAGCUUCAUCCUCAUCCACAUCCACAUCCACAUCAUCGCCAAGCUCACCUUCCAUCACAAGAACGCCGAGAUGGGGUAGCAUUCGACAGCGCUUCAGCAGCAUCCAGUCUCGCGACAGUCCUUCUGUUCCGGUAGACAGCGUCGAUGAUGGCAUGUGGGACAAGAACGAUGCUGCUUUCCUCGAGGAGGUGGCUCGUGACUCGCCUCUGCUUCUCGGAUCGCCUGACCGCUUCGACUCUCUAGCUCCCGUCUUUGAGGACACGUAUACUGGACGAGCCUCCACGUCUUCGUCACGAGCUCCAAGCUUCAUUCGCAUCCGAGACGCCGAGGCGCUCACACAUCUUUCACCACAUUCCGCUUCAUCGCACCGCCAGUCACUGCAGCGUCGACCUUCCUCUGCAUCCAGCUCUACGCCAUCCUCUGCUGCUUCCGCCGCCUCAGCCAUGUCGACGUCCGUCGUCACUCAGGAUGAGAUGUCCGCCUCAAGUCAAGCUUUCUCUACAAUCAAAUCAUGGCCUCGUUCCAUGCGAAGGAUGGCCUCCGCCAAUAUGCUGCCAGAUCUGCCAGAACAGAAUCGCACCGAUGAUUUCAUCACUUUCUCCCGAUCCUCCACCGCAUCAUCCUCGUCGGCAGUGCCCAUGUCCCCACCGCUCCUCCCACCCAUCGGCUCCUCUGCAUCCUUCAUGUCUGGCGCAUUCGCCAGCGCCUCCCACCUCAUACAGUCUCCUCACGGCAACGACAAAGGCAAUGCACAUUCCAGCCUCGGCUCCAGUCCGAGCUUGACCCACAGCGUCCAUGCUACAAGUGACGCGACUCGGUCUGCCAUUGCUGAGCAGUAUCCACGAUCCCCUUCUCUGCACAGCUCUUCCUCCUUCACCACCACCGGCUUUGUCUACCGUUCUCAAGAUGACCGCUUCCCCGACAGCAAUGCCCGAGCACGCACCCUUUCCUCUGGAUCGGCGUCAAGCUCCACCCCACAGCACACGCUUGGCGCAAUUGAUCGUCGCACCAGUCGCAGCGUCAUUGGCAGUCCCCUUGCAAUGAGGACUUCCUUCUCGUCAUCACGUCCAUCGAGUCCGGAUGCGUUCCUCCAGGACACUGCUGUCGUAUCAUCCUCGCCCACCCUUUCGAGUGUUGCAGCCGAGCAUGGCGCCUCGGCCUUCGCAACAGACAGCGAACGUCGACCCUCGAUUGCUAGUGUCAUGGAGUUACCUUAUCCUGGACCAGUAUCCCAACCGAUCCCACAAAGCGCCGACGAGUUUGGUGGUCAAGCGAGUGCUACUGCACGUGGCAAGCGUAUGGCAUCAGCUAGCAUGCGAGGCGUGCCAGGCAGCCCAACAAAGAAGAGUAGCGCUGCCGUUGCGCCCGCCUCCGCUCACGCUACCUCUUCCACAGCCACAGCUACUGCCACGAAUGGUGCGCCGAAUGGCGUCGCCCGCAAGCAUACUAAGAACACGAGCAGCUUGGUUUCUGGCUUGCGUAAGUUGAUGGGAAAGAGGGAGCGAGAGGGCAAGGCGGUUGCCGCCCUUACGUCGGACUCGGCCGUCGCUGCAGACGAUGUUUUCAUGCGCCCUACUUCACCUUCGCUGGCGGAACAAUCCGCACAAAGCCGCUCCGCUGCUACCUUCGCCUGGCCUAGCCAAUCAUCUACGGACGAGAAGCACUCGUUGCAAACGCAAGCCACAACCAUCGACACACCUCAGCAUGGCGGCCUCAAUCUUUUGGGCUUGACACCAGAUGCUCUCGACUCUGGUGCUGCCGUUGAAACAAUGCUUGGCCGGAACCAAAGCCUCAAGAGCCAAGCUAAUCGCAAGGUUUCCCAUGCCGCUUGGGCAUCGCCUAGCAUGGCGCGUCGCUCUCCUUCGGUCGAUCUCUUGCGAAGCUUUGGCACCAUGGGCCGGGUGUCACAGGCCGGCCUGUCUGGUCCUAUCCAAGGAGUUCCAGCCGAACCAGCCUCGCCGCGUUCUCGCACCAUGAGCAUCGACGGUCUCACAAAACCUUUGCGCGAGGUGCUUGGCCAGCGUUCUCGAAAGGACUCCAGCCAAAAGACAGCGUCUCGUGCCAGCGUUAUUGAACACAUUUCCCACAAUGAUGCGCGCCGCAUGACAGGCUAUACCGGCCCAGUGAUCCUGGAGACAAAGGAAGCACUCGAGAAGCAUCGCGCACAGUACGCCACGUUUCCUUCAGAGAUCGACCUACCAGAGCGCUCCAACUUUGACAUGCUUCACCAGCUCUCCGCUUCUUCCCAUCCGAAUGACAGGGCUGAUAAUGCCGCCGCCGGUAACAUCGUAACAGAAACCGCAAGCUUGACUGGCCAUGGCAGUGUACAGUUGCCAGCACGUCCACAACGACCCGAUCAAUCAAGUUCACAUGGCUCGGCGCCAACGGAGCUUCUCACACCGUCCAACAGCGGAGAGAUGGUCAGUGGUACGGGUGGCAGCACUAGCAGCAACAUGGGCGGCAUCUCUUCCUGUGGCUCUUCCUUUGUCUCUGCCAGCUCGGCUGUUACGGAUCCAUCCAUGACCUUGCGACAGCCCUUCACGUUCCAAUCGCAGGCAUAUAUACCACACUCUCGUGAAUCGCGCGGAUCGCAAAAGCCUCAGCCUAGUCCCCCGUUCAGUCCAUCAUCGCUCGCUUUCCACCUUCCCGGGGAACUAGCGGCGCUCGGCCUUCACGACACCUCCAUGACCAAUGGCAACAGGAUCGUGCAUCGCCCUGCACCAUCUCUGGGCUCUCUCGCACCUGUUCCGAGUGGACAAGCGCUAGGCUCGUAUGCCGUUAACCCGCCUCAUCCACAGGCAGCCAAGCAAGGUCACAGCAGUCGCGGUUCGCUCAACAGUCUUGUCAGCGGCAGCAAGCCAUGGUCGAGCUUCUUGGGUUCGCCCGUCCUCGGCAGCUCAUGCUCGCUCUCGCACCACAAGCGUGUAUCGAUGGCUUCCAUCUCCAGGCCGAUGUCGGUAUCAUCCUCAGCACUCUCGAGCGAUAUCAAUGAUCUCAGUACCGAUGUAGCCGAUUUGACCUUGCGUCCUUCAGAUUUUGCCGGCCGAGUUCGUUCACGCAUAUGCCUUGAUUCAGCACAUUCGAAUUUUUCGGAACCGGCAAAUUUCUUGGCUUGGCAGCCUGUCUCUUCUUCGGCUCUGAAUUCGAACAAUUCUUCCAGCGUGCACGUCCACUCUCAACAACGUUUCGCUCCGGCUUCUAGCAGUCAGAGUCACUUAUCUCUACCCUCGGCCCCACAUCUUGUUACCCUCGCACCAACUGCAGCAGCAGCAGCAGCAGCAGCAGCACCACCACCACCACCACCACCAACGGCCUUCGCUCUAUCCUCUAGCUCUUCCCAGCACUCGCAUCAGUCGCACCAGUCGCACCAGUCGCAUCACUCACAUCAGGCCUACGAUCAGUCCGGCGCUUCGACUGCAUCUGCUUCUUCAGGAACCUUUGCUCCUGCUAUUGCCAACGCACAGCACCGACUUGUACCGGCAUCAUCCAGCACAGGCCUUCGCCAGCAAGCCCCCAGCCCAAGUCCACUUCGACGUCCUGCCACCAUCGACGACGACCUCAACCAACAAGCUUCUGGCUUGCAACCCUUGCCUUCCACGCCGACUACAUCGCCUCCAGCAGCAACCGCGUUUUUUCCGACCACCGCCCCAGGCUUUUCGUCAAGACUACGUCCAACUGGUGCCGGUCAUCGCUCGUCUCUUUCAGGCUCUUCGCUCUCGCACCGCAAGCGUCCAUCGUUCGGUCUUGCUAUCGAGCCUGCUGCUCACUCGGCAUUCGAUAGCAUUCCGAGUCCGAGUCCGCUUCUGCACACUCGCAGGAUCUCACUAGCAUUUCCAGAAGGCGCAGCACCUCAACGGCCGUUCUCCAUCUCUUCAGCAUCGAUCGGCCGUACCACAUCGGACAGCUCAGCCAACACCAGCCCCAACGGCUCAGCGCGCGUCUCUGCAGCUACGCUCUCCUCGAAUCACGUCCUUGAGAGCGAGGACAACGUUGAGAUCGAGACCCUGCGUGACGGCAGUCCGACCAAGGGGCCUCUCUCGGCAACUCCUGCCUUGCUCAAAGGUUCAGUGCCUGUGCUUGAAAGUGCCAUGGCAGCUGCGACACUCGAGACGACCAUCAGCCACCGUCACUCCGUCUCCGUUCCCAUGGACGAGGGCGACUCACCACAACAGUAUCAAGAGGAGAGCUGGAAUCGAGCCACGGCUGGCACUGUCCUGGCCUACGGCAUUGUGGAAGAUUCGCAGGCUGCAUCGGCGCCAGCAACAAGGCCGCGUCAGUACAUGAUCCAUUCGCCCAAUGAGGAACAAGGUCCAGCACUCGCCAUGUCCGACACAACAUCAUCAUCCGGCCGCAUGAGCCAAGCAACCAAGGACAUUGCCUUUGGCUCAAUAGCAGGUAUGGUCAGCAAAGUCUUUGAGCACCCUUUCGAUCUCGUCAAGGUUCGCUUACAGACGCAAUCAGCCGACCGACCCCCACGCUAUGCUGGUGCAUUCGAUUGCUUCAAGCAGACCUACCUGCAGGAAGGUAUCCGCGGGCUCUACCGCGGUCUGAGCAUGCCCGUGGUCGGUGCGACACUGGAAAACGCCUGUCUCUUCUUCACGUACAACCAGAUCCAGUCGGCGAUCCGAUGGGCGAAUGGCGAAGCAAAGAGCGGUGCCUCUGCGGCACAGGCGGAUGCAGAGUCACCGUUGUCUAUCCCUCAGUUGGCUAUUGCUGCAGCAGGUGCAGGUGCAGUGACGAGCUUGGUCUUGACACCGAUUGAGUUGAUCAAGUGCAAGAUGCAGGUUCAGAUGAUUACACGUGAGCAGCAUGCUUCCAUCUCCACCAAUACCGCAGCUGCGAAUGCGGGUGGUUUGCAACAGCAACGUCGGAUCUACACCAGCGCUAUUCGACGUGCUGCAUCUCCCGCCUCCUCUGCCGAAGCAUUCAAGUCUCUGGAUGGCCCUCUGACACUGCUGCGUCGCACCAUUGCAGCCGAGGGCAUUCGAGGUCUCUGGCUGGGUCAAACGGGUACACUUGUUCGCGAGACCGGUGGUGGAGUAGCGUGGUUCCUCGCUUUCGAGUCGUGUUCUCGCUACCUCAUCGCUCGAAAAAAAGCACAGUGGAAUCGAUCAGAUGUGACCAAGAAGGACCUCACCUCACUUGAACUCGUCGGUGCAGGUGCACUCGCUGGAGUCAGCUACAAUGUCGUCCUUUUCCCUGCUGACUGCGUCAAGUCGACCAUGCAAACAGAGCAGGAGAUGCGCCCUGUCUCCUCUACGGCUAAAGCAGGGGAGAAGUGGAAAGGUACAGGGUUCUACGACACAUUCAAGAAGAUCUACAAGACCAGAGGUAUCAAGGGGUUGUACGCCGGUUGUGGAGUCACAUGUCUGCGAAGCGCUCCUUCGAGUGCGAUCAUCUUUUUGAUGUACAACAAGUUGGAGAAGUUGAGCGACGAGUAUGGCUUUUAG